CAGAAGGCCACUGCCCGCUGCGGCCUUCGCCAUGCUGCCUGGCGUAGAUUGAUGACGUAACGAAGAUCCUGCAACCACAGCCCUGUUGUGGCGCCCUGUUGACGGACCUCCCCCCGAGGAUGAUUUUCUUUCCCUGAUUGGAGAAAACUGCCAUCAAUUCGCCGAGAGGCACUUCCUUCGGGGGUUGCCAAGGAAACCAGAGAACGCGAUCCGGGCCGGUUGUGUGGAGACUUGCCUCGUUUGGACCGGGCCGCAUCGAUGGCGGCGGGGCUGCUGGGCGGCUUGGGGUCGGAGCGAAGACUGGCCCGCUCGGUGGCUCAUCGGCUAAAGUAUUACAUUGAGGUGCAGAGAAAGGAAAACUCCUUCCAGUUGUCAGGCCCCUCCUGGGAUGAGUCUGAAAACUUCUGUUUGCACCCUGUUUACUUGACUGAGCAGAGGGCAAAGGAGCAUAAUUUUGCCAAGAUUAAGCUGGAAGCAUUCCUCCGAGCCUAUAUUGGCAACGCUGAAGAAUGCAACAGGAAAGUCCAGGGAAACCUGGUCAGGCAAAAGGAGGUGGAAAAGCUUAUUAAAAAGAUGGCCCGAGAUUACAUACCUGACAGAAUAAACGAUGUGAAAAUGAAGAGCAGGACAAGGCAAAACAAAAUACCCUGCAGCCUCUCAAAAUUAUAUUUGAACGCUGUGCCCCCAUUGUCCCCGGAAGAGGUGAAAAGACUGGUGUCGUCGGCAUCCAAGCUUAUCGUCGCUGCGACUUCGAAAAUCUCUCCAGAAGAAAUGGAAACAACUCAAGAACUUAAGAGAAGAGAGAAGAAAAGUGUUACGAGUUUCAGUGAUGGUCACAAGGAGAAUUUUUCCACCAUCCUUUUUCACGAGAAUCAGGCAAGAAGAGGCCAACAAAGCCAAACAAGACAAAGCGAUAAAGAGAUAAAGAGGAAGACCAAAGUUUCAAACGCUUCCAGUACCACUCCUGCUAAAUCGAGAAUUUUUUCCAUGGCUGCUUGGAAUACUCAACAGAAGACCUUUGUACCCUCUUUGAAAGGUACAGUCAAUGUUGGCAUGCAUUCUUGUACACCAUUUAAAAUCCGAAGACAGGAGUCCUCUUCCAAAGCUGGUGAAGAUGCUUCAGGCAAGAACUGUCCACCUAGAAAGCCUCGGGCUGCAGGACCAAGCCAGACACUUGGAUCCAAAGCCCACAAAGAUCGGCCUCAACGCUCUGUCGUCUUGAAAAGUAAAGAGCAGAAAGUGUCGAAAGGAAGCUGUGCUCCUCCCUCUGCCAGAUCGACAGCUGAGAUUUACAGCAGCCAGCAUUCAACCACCGGAAGAAAGAUCAGAAAGCAAUUCAGUUCUGAAACGAUGUCCAGGUCCUCUAUCCUGAAAAGGGUCAGCGAUCCUAAACCCCAACCCAACGACCCCAGAGAAAAGCUUGUGACACGCACCCAAAGGAACGGGACUAAAGGCGAACAGGAAAGCAGUGAUUCACUGUCCCGAACCACUUCCAAACGCCAUCAGGUCAACUUUGCAAACUGGGAAUCUUUUGGCUUGGAGAAAGAUAGAGAAAGAGGCUCUCAGGAUGACGGCGACAACACCACUGCACCUUCCACAGAGAAAUGUGGUCUCGCAGAAGGACACAACGGCGAUUGUGCUUGUACCGUCCAACAAGGGCCGCCUUUUCUGCACGAGCUUUGCCAGGAAAUGACCCAAGAAGCACCUGCUGAUCAGACCAGGGGCGAAUCCAACCAGUCAUUUUCUCCGAAGGAGCCAAGAGACGCCCGGGGGGAAGAGGAUCGUGUCGAUAGCUCACCAAGUCCAGAACGAGUGUUAGAAUCGGAGUCCUGUAAAGGAGAGGCAAUCUGUAUCCCACCCACGGCUCCAGCCGGUUGCCGAUGUUCAGAACUACCAAGUUACUGCAUGUGUGAAAUCAAGGAAGAGCAAGAGACUGGGUUUCCUGGGGAAACCGCCCCGCUUUCGAACAGUUUGGACGGGGAAGAAUCCGACGAGGAGCUCACCAACUCGUCCCUCUCGAGCAGUGCCAGAUCAUCCAGCUGGUUAUGCGAGCAGAUGGAUGAAGACAUUACACUAAAGGAGGCCGUCAACCCCAAGAUGGGGACAUUUCUUCAGAAACUUCUGAAGGCUCCUGAAAAUGGCACCAUCCCGCAGGAAGUGUCCAAUCAGUAUGAAAAACAGAAGUAAAAAGCUGUGUUAAAUUUCCCUUGCCGGUGACUGCUUUUGCAUUUCAUUUGAUGCCCCAGAAGUUUCUAAGAAUGCAGCGCUGCUUUAUAAUGAUUAGAGUUCCACACUUUUGUAUUAUUUUGUAAUAAUCAGGAUUUGCUCAAGGAUGUCGCAACGAUUUAAUAGACCAUUAGAUGAUUUAUUGCAGAUCUCCCAAGACGUUUCUCCUUCUAGACCUGUUGGAUUAUAGCGUCCGCUGCUCUUAUUGUGCUGGUUUUAAGAUUCUGUACUUAUGUAACCUUGGUACUUGUAAAUGUGCUUCUUUUCUGGAAAAUACUGAUCAUGAACACGAGGCCAUCGUUUCCAGACAAGGAAGUUAUUUUUCUGUUUCCCCAAAUUUUCUCGGCUUAGACCUCUGAACUUAAAACAGCGUAUUUUAAAACAGAGUUGUGUCCCAUUGUGUUCACCUUAAUCCAAUUUAACACAGUAUUUCAGU